AUGCCGACCCAAGGGGGCCCACGGUGGGCAAGAAGGGCUCUGCUCCUCAGCAUCCUCGGGGCUACUGCACGCUUGCCUCCCCCGAGUGCCUCCCUGCCCCAGCGUCUCCUAAGGGCCACAGGAAAUAGCACCCAAUGUGUUAUGUCUUCAUCCCUGGACUUUCCCGAAGGGUUUUUCACGAAACAGGAGCGCACAGAUGGAGGCAUUGUCAUCUACUUCCUGAUUAUCCUUUACAUGUUCAUGGCCGUGUCUAUUGUCUGUGACGAGUACUUCCUACCCUCCCUGGAAAUCAUCAGUGAAGCCCUUGGAUUGUCUCAGGAUGUUGCAGGUGCCACUUUCAUGGCAGCCGGUAGUUCAGCUCCUGAAUUAGUUACUGCUUUCCUGGGUGUAUUUAUCACAAAGGGAGAUAUCGGCAUUAGCACCAUCCUUGGAUCUGCAAUGUAUAACCUCUUGGGUAUCUGUGCAGCUUGUGGCUUGCUAUCUAAUGUGGUCUCAACGCUAUCAUGUUGGCCCCUAUUCAGAGACUGUGCAGCAUAUGCAAUUAGUGUAGCUGCAGUUCUUGGCAUAAUAUUCGACAACCAAGUUUACUGGUAUGAAGGAACUUUGCUGCUUUUGAUAUAUGGAUUAUAUGUUUUGGUGCUGUGUUUUAACAUUAAAAUUAACCAAUAUAUUAUAAAGAAAUUCAGUCCUUGGUGCACCUGUCUUGCCCAAGCUAUGGAGGAGAGCAGUGAACAACAGCCACUGAUGGGAUGGGAAGAUGAGGGUCAGCCAUUCAUCCGUCGGCAAUCAAGAAGUGACAGUGGGAUAUUUCAUGAAGAGUCUGGCUACUCUCAGCUUCCUUUAAGUUUACAGGAUCUUAGUCAGGUUUCUGAAGAUCCACCAAGUGUUUUCAGCGUGCCUGAAGCUGACUUAAAAAGAAUUUUUUGGGUACUAUCCCUUCCUAUUAUUACCUUACUUUUUCUAACCAUACCAGACUGUAGAAGAAAGUUUUGGAAAAAUUACUUUGUAAUAACAUUUUUCAUGUCAGCACUAUGGAUAUCUGCAUUUACCUAUAUCCUGGUUUGGAUGGUCACAAUAACUGGGGAAACGUUAGAAAUUCCAGAUACAGUAAUGGGCCUUACUUUAUUAGCAGCAGGAACAAGUCUGCCAGACACGAUUGCAAGUGUAUUGGUUGCAAGAAAAGGCAAAGGAGAUAUGGCUAUGUCUAAUAUCAUGGGAUCCAACGUGUUUGAUAUGCUGUGCCUAGGUGUUCCAUGGUUUAUUAAAACUGCAUUUAUGAAUGCAUCAGCUCCUGUAGAAGUGAACAGCAGAGGACUAACUUACAUAACCAUCGCUCUCAACAUAUCAAUUAUUUUUCUUUUUUCAGCAGUUCACUUCAAUGGCUGGAAACUAGACAGGAAGUUGGGAGCAGUCUGCCUGUUAUUAUACUUGGGACUUACCACAUUAUCAGUUCUAUAUGAACUUGGAAUCAUUGGAAAUAAUAAAAUAAGGGGCUGUGGAGGUUAACAUUAAUAGUGUUAUGUGGAAAAUGUGAAUGAUGGGAGAGGGAAGAGAAAGAAAACUCCAUUUCUUCAUUUAAGUGAAAUAAAAAAUAUCCUGAACUAAAACUUACUUACAGUAAUUCUUUAUCACCAAAGAAAAGUAAUUUAAAG